CAUACACUGAGGUAGUACAAACAUUGUUAUGUGAACUUUGUGCUUGCUCAUGUAAAAAGUAUAAUGCUUUAGCAAUAGAAUGUAACCCUAUUGAAAUCUGUAAAGGAUUAAGAGUUCCAACAACUUGAGACAAUGGCACAGCUUCUUCUACAGCUAGAUAAUAUUUUGUGUAUUUUUUCCAUGAAGUAACAUACUUCAGUAUACAGGGAUGUCGAUAUAUCAUCAGAUUCUGAAAAGAAUGUCUCAACAUACGAUUUUAAAGUGAAGGUAUGGACACAUACUUUACCAUACUGUUCCAGCGGGCCUUGAGAAACCCAUAGCAAUCCAUCUAUCGUGAAUUCUCCGAUUAAUACGAUAUUCAGGGCAUUACAGUUUAUGAUCGAAUGCAAUGGAGAAGAAAUGAGGAAACACAAUCCAGCUUAAAAAAGAGUAUAGUUAAAUUAGACAGUGCUUUUAUUCACUACCUAAUUAAAGAAUUAUGUUUAAAUACAUUUUAUCGAACACAUUUUAUUAAUAAGUGGACUAGUUCACUACACAAAAGACUACUUAUCAUACUAAAAUCUACUACAUGUGACUUGAUUGAUUAUAAUUGGAACGAAAGGGUGUAUGAAAUGGUACGAGAAAAGUGUGAGUUGGAUCAUGCACUUUCUUGGCUAUCCACUCUAGGUGGAGCAUUCUCAGCUUUAGGUGAUUAUUUUCCAAGCUGUGCAGAAAUAGCUGGAAAAAUUUCAAUAAACCAAUUAAAGCUAGCUCUCAGGCUGGGUGACCCUACAAUAGCAGCAAGAUGCAGACUUUUUUUAGCACUCAGCUUGAUUCAAAAGAAAAGGUUUCAUCUUGCUAGAAAGAUAAUUUUAAAUGAAUUUCAAAAGGCUAAAGAUGCUGUUGUGGUCGACCACAGACUUUUAAAUAUGUGCAGAGGCAUCUGGGCUAAAUUACAGUAUGAACAUAAAGUUUAUAUAGAAAGGAAAUGUAAAGCAAAAGCUGCUUAUGAACAAGUAUGAUAUAAUUCUCUAUUCUGAUAUUGUAUUAUUGAUGAAAAACACUAACUUUAAUUACAUAUGAAAUUGUCUAUAAAA